GAAUAUAUUAUGCUAUAAAGUACAAUAUACUAGUUUUAGUGGAAUAACCUCUUUAUUAUUUAAUAAAUGAAGGUUUAUUUCUAUUAACUUAAUUAUAAAGACGACUACAAUCGUAGCAACUUUGAUUCUACAAUGACUUUUGUUUCAAAUUCUUCACUCUUUAGACCUGCUUCACUACAGCCAAGUUCUAAAUCACUAUUAGUAGAAAUGAUCAAAUCACUUCUUCUUCCUCAUGAACUCUUCAAUGGUUCUGGUUCUAUUUCUUCCGGCUACUGAUGAAAUAGAACACAGUUCACCUCUGUUAAAAUAUCAGAAAGAUGAGUAAUUUAAAUGAAUGGGUGUUAACAAAACGUUAUUGUUAACUACCUCUUUGCUUGUAGACUGUAAGAGUUGAUCAUUGGGUCAACAAUGCUCCAAAUAUUGAGCAAAAUGUCAUCCUCUAACACUUUUGAUCUGCUAAACAAACCGUUUCUAUAUGCAUUUAAUACGAAUUUAAAGCAUGAUAUAGAAACAUCAAUCAUUUCAAGAUGUGCUUUUAAGUCAGCCGGUAGUAAUGGCAAGGCCUCUUUAUGUUCGUCCACUAUUUGGGUCCAAUAGUUUCCAAACUUAUUUUUAAAUGAUAUUUUUUCUUUUGUCUUUCCUUUUCCCUUUCACUCUUAAUUUUAGUUUCUUAAUCUAUUAGAUUGAUACUGGCUCUCGGGUAAAAUAAUACAUGUAUACAUUUUAUACCAUAUGCUCAUGUUGUUGUAAGUGUAUUUCAUUGCAGUAAAUUUGAAUUCCCGCUUUUUUUUUUCUUUUUUUUUUU